AUGUAUCCCCCAACGCUAAUCCUUUCCCUCUCCAUAUCUCUCCUCACAACCUCCACCAUCGCAAUCCCUUUCGUCCCCCGCGCCGCCUCCGAAACACUCCCUACCAAUUCGCAAUCCAGCUACACAGACAACGACAAGAUCCUAGACUCGCUGGUCACCCAGUCCGCGAAGGAAUCGAGUAACCUGAAUACCUGUCCGCCUUCGCAUCCGUCCAAACAAUGCUGUAUGUCAAUUACGGCGCUGGCGAAUGGUGUCACGUCUGAGAUUGGGGAGGUUGUGCCGUUGUUGAGCGAUGUUAAGAUUUCGUCGAUUGUUAGCUUGGAGUGUCGACCAAUGGACGCAGACGGAGACAACGCAACUUGCUUGAACGAUGUGAUGUGUUGUACUGGAACCGGAGGGUCCAAAUCCUCACUCAUGAAAACCUGCAAACCAUGGGACGAAGCUCUCGAAUCCAAGAAAAAGGCUCUAGAUAAGAAUAUCAAUAAGCAACUGGAGCAGAUGAUGAGCAAGAACGGGACGAGUAGCUCGGCGUCGAGAGUCGCUGCGUCGAGUACCCCGAAGCCGAAGAUGAAUCCCGUUGCGGAGAAGGUGGCUAGGGUGCAGGAGUCUGUUUCUGGUCUUGUUGGACCUGCGACUUCGUCUGCGUCUGUUUCUUCGUCUGCCUCUACAUCGGCUUCUAGUUCUACCUCUACGUCUACAGCCAAGUCAGCGUCGACAUCGUCGGAAACUUCGAACUCUUCUAAGUCUACGUCUGCUACCUCUCCAACGGCACCAACUGAGAAAGCAACCAAGGUAGAAAAACCCAAGGUUGAUACUACCUCGACAGCUCCGUCCGAGUCCACCACAGUCUCGGCCCCGGCGUCGCUUUCUACCAUCAUAUCUCAGAAGGAGAAGGAGAAACAGAAGGAAACAACCGAAGAAUCCGGCCCUACCUCAUCAUCAACUCCAGCUGAGGCAGCUACGACAGCUAAAUCCGCCACGAAAGCAACAACAGUAUCCCGGCGAGCAAAGACCAACACCGACAUGUCUCAAACUUCGCUAUCUUCAACGGAUACCUCGAAUACAGCUACUGCCACAGGCACGGGUCGUUAA